AUGUCAGCAAAUGACCCUGGACACAUCAAUAAUCUCGAUCAAAACCAACGUGAUCUUCUCAAAUCGUACUGGCUUGCGCUAAUCUCUGCAAUCAACGAAGAGCCAUCGAACGUGGUCGAAUCCGCAUUAGGCGAGGAACUCUUUUACGCAUUUGCACAUGAUGAUCCGGACGCAAUACUUCUUCGAUGGUUACGCGCGCGCAAAUGGCAAGUAGCACCUGCUGUUGAAAUGAUGAUGGACACGUUAAAGUGGCGUCAUGAAUGGGGCGUGAGAAGAUUACUUGAUCAAGGUGAAAGCUGUGUGAAUUUAGAAGAAUGGAGCUCGGGCAAGUUUUAUCACAUGGGAAAGGAUAAAGUUGGACGUCCUGUCAGUUAUGUUCAUGCCGAAGGACAUAUUCGAGGACAAUUUCCAAUGGAAUCCACCGAAAAAUGUCUGAUUCUAUUCAUGGAACUCGGCCGUUAUUUCGCCGAAGUUCCUAACGAAGAAGGAACUGUGAUUCUCGACAUGGGCAAUGUUGGUCUGAGAAAUUUAGAUUAUCAAUACAUUAAAUUCAUGAUCAAUGCUAUGCAAAAUCAUUAUCCCGAAUGUUUAGGCCUAUCUUUGGUUGUCAAUGCACCAUGGUCGUUUAGUACUGUUUGGAGUGUGAUCCGACGUUGGCUAGAUCCGGUUGUCGAGAGUAAGAUUUGUUUUCUAAAGAAUAUCGAUGAAUUAAAAGAUUACAUCAAUCCUAACGUUAUUCCAAAACGAUUACAAGGCAAUCAUGCAGAUUUCAAAUAUACUCCACUGACUAAAAACGACGAAGUUCGUUUAGCAGCCAUUCACAAUGACGAGCAAGGCAAGAGACAAGCGCAGAUGGAACAUAGACAAGCAGCGAAAACAUAUUUAGAUAUGACAUUAAAAUGGGCAAAAACACAGUCCGGCGAUGAGAAAAGUGAAGAACACGAACGAAAGAAAGCCGCUGACAGAUUAUGUACGACAUACCAACAACUUAUGCCUUACAUUUCAACAGAAACGCAUUACCAUCGAACAGGAAUGAUUUCUCGUUCAAUGUUCAAUGCAGCAUACGAUCAAAUAUCUAAUCAACAACAGCAAACAUCGUCUACUUGA